AUGAACCCAUAUUGUCAAAUUGAUCCAAGAUCAAGAGUUUGGAUUUGUCCAUUCUGUAAUUCAAGAAACACUUUACCAAAUCAUUAUUUAAAUGUUACUACAGAAAACUUACCAUUAGAAUUACAAGCUGAAUCUUCAUCAAUUGAAUACAUCUUAACAAGACCAGUGCAACAUCCACCUAUUUUCCUUUUCGUUAUUGAUUUAUGUCAAGAUGAAGAUAAUUUAGAAGCCUUAAAAGAAACUUUAAUCAUUUCAUUAAGUUUAUUACCUCCAAAUGCAUUAGUUGGUUUGAUUACUUAUGGUACAAUGGUUAGCUUACACGAUUUGAAUAGUCCAUUUCCAAAAUCAUUUGUCUUUAGAGGUAACAGAGAUUACACAAUUAGUCAAUUAGAUGAAUUAUUAUCUAAAAAAUUCACAAAUUUCUUUUCAAUUCUACAAAAUGUUGAAUUUCAAUUGACUUCAAUCAUUGAAAACUUACAAAAAGAUCCAUGGCCAGUUGAAAGUGGUAAAAGAGCCCUUAGAUCAACUGGUGCUGCUUUAUCAAUCUCUGUUAGUUUAUUGGAAGCUGCUUUCAAAGGGUUUGGUGCAAGAAUUUUAUUAUUCUCUGCUGGUCCAGGUACUCUUAACCCAGGUAUGAUUGUUACCAAUGAAUUGAAAGAGCCAAUUAGAUCCCAUAAUGAUGUCGAUAAAGAUACUGCCAAACAUUAUAAAAAAGCUAUCAAAUUUUAUGAUGCAUUAGCUGAUAGAGCAGCUGAUAGUGGUCAUGCAGUUGAUAUUUUUGCAGGUUGUUAUGAUCAAGUGGGUUUGAGUGAAAUGCAAUCCCUUUCAAAUAAAACCGGUGGUGUCUUGUUAUUAUCAGAUGCUUUCACAACAUCGAUUUUCAAACAAUCAUUUUUAAGAUUGUUCUCUAAGGAUGAAGAAGGUUAUUUAUUGAUGGGAUUCAAAGCUCAGUUCGAUGUUAAAACUUCAAAAGAAUUGAAAGUUUCAGGUUUAGUUGGACAUACUUCUUCAAAUAAAGUUACAGGUUCCAAUAUUGCAGAUGCUGAAAUUGGUAUUGGUAAUACAAAUAGUUGGAAAAUGAGUGCCAUUUCUCCAAAUCAUACUUAUGCAGUUUUCUUUGAAAUUGCAAACCAAGUUAAUGCUAAACAAGCUUUUAUUCAAUUCCUGACUCAUUAUCAACAUGCUUCUGGUACUUAUAGAGUUAAAGUUACCACUUUAGUUAAUCCAUUAUCUUCAGUUGGUCAAUUAGAUAUUGCCAAUUCAUUUGAUCAAGAAGCUGCUGGUGUUUUAAUGUCAAGAAUAGCAGUUUAUAAAGCUGAACAAGAUGAUAGUGCAGAUGUCAUGAGAUGGAUUGACAGAAUGUUGAUCAAGGUUUGUACUAAAUUUGGUGAUUACUUGAAGGAUGAUCCAAAUUCAUUUAGAUUAUCACCAACAUUUUCAUUAUAUCCUCAAUUUAUGUUUUAUUUGAGAAGAUCACAAUUUUUACAAGUCUUUAACAAUUCACCAGAUGAAACUGCAUUUUAUAGACAUGUUUUAACAAGAGAAGAUACUAUAAAUUCAUUGAUUAUGAUUCAACCAACUUUAACUUCAUUCUCUAUGGAAGGUGAACCAGAACCUGUUUUGUUAGAUUCCAUUUCAAUUCAACCAGAUCGUAUCUUAUUAUUGGAUACAUUCUUCCAUAUUUUAAUUUAUCAUGGUGAAACAAUUGCAGCAUGGAGAAAUGCAGGAUAUCAAGAUCAAGAAGAAUAUGCUUCAUUUAAGGAAUUUUUGGAGGAACCAAAGAAAGAAGCUGCUGAAUUAUUAGUUGAUAGAUUCCCAUUACCUAGAUUUAUUGAUACAGAAGAAGGUGGUUCACAAGCUAGAUUCUUAUAUUCAAGAUUGAAUCCUUCAACAAGUUAUAAUUCAGGUAUGACCAUGGGAUCUCAAAGUGCAGUUGUCUUAACAGAUGAUGUUAACUUACAAACAUUCAUGGAACAUUUACAAAAACUUGCUGUUAGUGGUAAUAAUUAG